AUGGACAGGAUAUACAUCAAUCAACUCACUGCCAAGUACUUGACAUCACAGUGGAAGAACUUCUAUAUCACUGGUUUCCUCGUCUCCUUCUUGCUUAGCGUUCGAAUCCUUCGUAGCAUCUUCAGAACACGAUUCAAUGUCAAGGGUAAACUUGCUGUCGUCACUGGUGCAUCAAGUGGAAUUGGUCUUGCCAUCGCAACAGAGUUGGCCAAGGCUGGCUGCUCGGUGUGCCUGGUAGCACGUACACAGAGCACUCUGGACACGAUCGUUCAGGAGUUGCGUCAGAAGGGUCUCGACGCACAUGCUGUCCCAGCCGAUCUAAGCAAGCCAGAGGAUGUAGCAAGAUGCCACCAAGAGGUGAUGAGAAUCGCUGGCGAUCGCUCCGUCGACAUUCUCGUCAACAAUGCCGGUGCCGGUAACUGGAAGUUCAUCGAAGAGACAUCCAUGGAUGAGUGUUACAGCAUGAUGGCUUUGCCUUACUUUGCCGCAUUCAACAUGACCAGAGAGUUCGUCCCAAGAAUGAUCGCUAAUAACAGCGGAUACAUUAUUAAUGUUAACUCACCAGUGUCGUACCAGCCAUGGCCUGGCUGCGUUGGAUACGCUUGCUCUCGUUUCGCCAUGAAGGGCUUCACUGAGGCCCUCAAGGCUGACUUCCGCGGCACCAACAUCCGUGUGAUGGAGGUGAUUGCAGGCGAGACCAGCUCCAACUACUUUGCUGCCAAUGGCAUCGACGACACGUUCCACAUGCCAUACGCCUCGCAGCUCAUCCCCAAGAUCACGCCCACCGACGUUGGCAAGGGCACCGUGCAGGCGCUCAUCAACAACAGAGACAGAGCUGUCAUUCCAUACUCACUGGCCCUCAUCAUUGGCAUUGGCGAGAUGUUUCCAUCGUUCAUGAGAGCACUGCUCUGUCGCUCGCCACGUGGUGACGUUCGCAUCAAGAAGAUCGAGAAGGAGGGUGUUGGAUUCAACUCAAAGUAA